UCUCUCUCUCUCCGUUUUUUGCAUGGAAGCAGCCAAAGCUUCCACCGCUCGCUCUCUCUCUUUCCCUGAAAAGGCGAUCUUUCCAUCUCCCUCCCUCUCCCUCUCCCUCUCUCUCUCUCUCUGGCGUUAGAUAUUCUGGCGGUUCUGUCAAAAGCGUUUUCUGUGAGAUUCACCGCCUGCCGUAGCGUCCGGUACAAACUUAACGCUUGACAGAACACCUUUCUUUUCAGGAAGAAGCCCAUGCUGAACCAAGUGGAACUUUAAGAAAAAUUCAGGAUUAAUGGGGGCUACAAGCUCUAAAAUAGAAGAAGAUAAGGCUUUGCAACUAUGCCGUGAGAGGAAGAAGUUUGUGAGAGAAGCACUUGAUGGCAGGUGCUCCUUGGCAGCUACUCAUGUUGGAUAUAUAAAUAUGCUAAGAAUUGUGGGAACUGUUCUAAGGAAGUUUGCAGAGCCUGAAGCUCCAAAUGGAUCUUUUUCGUACACUUCUGCUAGUGCAACUCAAGAACCACCUGUGAGAACUGAGAGGUCCCCAUCUCAGCUAUCAUUAUUUUCUCAAACAGUGUCACUUAAUGUAGAUGCAACUGAAAGCAUGUCUCCAUCUUGUUCGCCCACUUCUGGUCAGUAUCAGGUCAAUCACAUGCAAUUUAUGGGGAGUGUUUCAGAGAAAGUUGAAGAAAAGCCUUCUACACCAAUUAUGGGGUUCAUAGCUUCUUCAAAAAUCUUGCAGAGGAACAAACUGCACUCUACUGAAUUACCCGAGACACAAUCAACAGAAACCACUCCAUUCCCUUCAGAAACUCCACCUUGGGAUUACUUCGGUCUUUCCCACCCAAUUGACAAUCAGUUCUCUUCACAGGAUAGAAGAGGAUUGAACUUGGACCAAGAGUUGGAUAAUGCCAAUAUCUCUAGUGAACUGAGAGAGGAAGAGGGAAUUUCUGAGUCUGAAGUUGAUGAAAACAAAGAUCAUUAUCCUGGAAGGGAGAAUUCUCAGGAGGACUCAGAAGAUGAAUUUGAUGAGCCUUCUACUGAUACACUGGUUAGGAGUUAUGAAAAUAUUAAUAGGGCACUGAAUCACAGUGCUUCUAGUGCUUCACCAGUCACUCCAGCUGCUAAAAGUCUGGAGUCAGAAACUGAGUUUUUGGAUGGACAGAGACAUAACUCUCCUGAUUUGUCACCAUUGAUAACCAUGCCUUCAAGUGUUGGAGUUCCCAAUGAUAUAAGGAGAGUACUGGUGAAUGCAGAUGGCCCAGAAAAUGAGGUUACUCCUAAAGAUUUCUUUUCAAGCAUGAAAGAAAUUGAAAAUCUCUUUGUCAAAGCUUCCGAGUGUGGGUUAGAAGUGCCACGGAUGCUUGAAGCAAAUAAGUUUCAUUUCCGUCCAACUUCAGCGGGGAAAGAACGUCUGUCAACAACUUUGACAUUCUUCAAGAAUUGUCUCUCUUGUGGGGAAGAUCUUGACCAGGUCCAGGAAGAGCAAGCUCAAACUUCGGUGAAGUAUUUAACUUGGCAUCGUACAACAUCAUUACACUUCUCUUCAUCCUUGGAUCCUAGUGGCACAAGAGAUGAUAUCGAAGACCCCAACAGUAGUGCAUUUGAUAAUUUCUGUAUGACCUCAGGAAGUCAUGCGUCUACAUUAGACAGAUUAUAUGCAUGGGAGAGAAAGCUUUAUGAUGAAGUCAAGGCCAGUAAGUUGGUCAGAAAGGAGUAUGACCUAAAGUGUAAACUUCUAAGACAACUAGAAUCCAAGGGGGAAUUUUCCAGUGGGGAACCUUCUAGCAGGAAAUUUUCCAUCAGGAUUGAUAAAACUCGAGCUGCUGUUAAGGAUCUACACUCAAGAAUCAGGGUUGCAAUUCACAGAAUUGACUCAAUUUCAAAGAAAAUUGAGGAGCUAAGAGACACAGAGCUGCAGCCACAGCUUGAGGAGUUGAUACAAGGGUUAAAACGGAUGUGGGAAGGGAUGUCCGAGUGCCACGCCCUUCAGUUCCAAAUUAUUUCAGACACAUGCAAUAACGGAAACAUCAAAAUCUCCUUACAAUCAGAAGCACACAGAGAGAUUACCAUCCAUCUUGAAAGUGAACUGAGCUUGCUGAUUUCAAGUUUUACAAAUUGGAUUGGGGCUCAGAAAACAUAUGUGAAGGCUAUAAAUGACUGGCUUUCGAAAUGUGUGUGUCUUCCACAGCAAUCUUCCAAGAGGAAAAGGAGGAUGCAACUCCCACCAGUACGAAAUUAUGGCCCACCCAUAUACGUCACAUGUAGUGUUUGGUUGGACUUGCUCGAUACACUUCCUUCCAAGGACGUUGUGGAUUCUGUGAGGGGCUUAACCACAGCAGUAAGCAACCUGUUACCUCGUCAAAAGAAGCAAGGGAAGGGUAUGAAUCCUCAGUCAUCAUCCCAGCAGGCUGGCAGCAACAGUGAGAUACCAAUUAAUUUAUCGGAAAACAAAGUUUCAGAGGAUUGGGUAGCAGGUUCUCAUCGUUUUCAGUCAAGUUUGGUGGGUUUUAUAGGUCAGUUGAAAAACUUUGCCGGGUCUUCUUUUAAUAUGUUUAGUGAACUUGAAAGGGCCAUUCAAGAAGCUAAGGUUAGUUACAAUCAGUUCAAGUCACAACCGUGAAUGGCUUUUAACUACCCUAGAGAAGGAAACAAACCAAAAGAAUUAAGGAAAGAAGAGAUAGGAUAUAGAGAAGCAACAAGCACCGCAGACAGUGGCCAUAGAUUGGAGAAAUAUUGAUCAAUAACCAAGUGGGAGGAAGUUACUUCUGGAAUUUGUGCAUCGGGUAAAAAAAUAAAUAAAUGAGUACUUCAUUGGAGGUUCCCCCCAUUUUCAUUUUGGCAGCAAAUAAGGGGAGCCGGUUAUAGUCGGCAAUUACUGCAAGGUGAAAAUUUUAAAUGGAAUGCUUGGUUUGGUUGUAGGGUAAAUCUGUUCUUUGUUUGUUUAUCGUGAACCUGUACAGCUUAUCUGAACAUAAGAAUAUAGAAUCGAAGGUUAUAUAUGUAUAUUACAUGGAUAAUGUCUAUAUUUCCAGUCGUCUGGCUAAUUUUAAAUUAAAUGCUAUUUCUUAGUCA